AAUGAAUCGGGGUUGCUCUUGGUAGCUGAACGGUAGCUUGCCAUUUAAGAUAGAGCGUAAUUCCCAAUACCUUCCUCAGUUACCACCCCAAUUUUUGUCCUCCCAUUCAACGGACGUCCUUCAUUCUAGGUGGUGACCAAAUGUUUAAAUCCCGUCCGGUCAUUGGCGCCCACCCUUCCGGGCUCCUCCACCAGAAUGUCGACGGUGGCGGGUGGCGAACGCGACGUCGAGAGCGCUAAGAUCCCCACCGAACAUCCUCUGCCGAUUCAUCCCCCUCCCUACGCCAACUUUCUACCCCAGCCAGUGCCACCAACGGCGGCUCCCCCUCAUGCUUACGCCCCCCCGCCCAAUGCGCCGCCGCCGCCCCAUCUGGCACCAGUACCAGCCACCGACCACUACAAUAUUGCAGUUGGGUACCAACCCCACCCAUAUUCGGCUGUGGUUAACGGGAUCUCCAUGAACACGAAGGAGCCUCCUCUUCCUUUUUGCGGCAUCGGCAUCGGCUGGGCUUUGUUUAUGGCUGGCUUUUUCUUUGCUUCAAUUCCAUGGUAUGUUGGUGCCUUGCUUCUGCUAUUUGUUGAUCAAGAUUAUAGGGAGAAAUGUGGAUUGGUUGCAUGCUCAAUUGCAGCUGGUCUGGCAUUUUUAUCUGUAAUUAUAAAUGCUUUGAACUACUAUGUAUUCUGGUAAUUCCCGCCCAUUUUUAUGCAUGUGGAUAUUAAGUAAGCUUUUGUGCUUACGGAUAGACGUGAGAUAUUUUAUAUUUCAAUUAUUAUAAUUUUCAUAUUAGAUCCAC